ACGGCCGCACGCAAUGCGCCCUCGACAAAACGUAUCCGAACGUUCCAAUAACUAAUUUAUUUUACACGUCUAUGCUACAGCAAAUAUCCGAACAUUCCAAAAAAGUGACAGAUGAUUUUUUAACUUUUUUUGUUUUUUUUUUAAACAUAAACAUUGACAAUGGAAGUUAGUGCAAUGCCACCGAUGCCACUGGACUUUUCUAUGGUACGGAAUGACAGCGGCUCACCAGGGGGAGGUUUGAGAGAAGAAUCUCCGAGGCCGGUGUCAAACAGCGCUUUCAGAGUUGUUACUCCAAAAGGUGUUUCGGCCAGUGAAGCCCUGAGAAACGGCAUCUGCCACUCGCUGUGGGGCUCCAGUGUGCAGCGCCCGGAGCCCAGGCUGGCCUCGCCUCCUCCGCCGCAGACUCACGAUUCUUAUAAUGUCAGAGAAGAAAUCAAAUUCGGCAUCAACAGACUUGUUGGGGAAAGACACGAUGAAGAAGAAGACGAGACGCAUAAUAUAGAAACAGUCAGACCUGAUAAUGUUUCUCCAAACUCCAGAUGCGGUAGCCCUUGUUGGGCGCCAUCACCUCAAUCUCCUCGUUCGAUUCGUUCUAGUUCCCCUGAACUAGAAGUAGAUUCUCCCCCCUCAUCACCUAGAAGACCGCCCGAUUCAUCACCUCCUUUAAAAAGAUCAGAGGCGUUUUCAGUAAGCGCUCUUCUAAGACCAGAUGCGCCGCGAGUACAGCCACAGAGACCAUUCCUAUAUCCACCGCUUCCUUUCGCGGAGUUCCUCAGAGAUGCGGGUAGUCUUGGUCUUCCUGGUUGGGGUGGUUAUAGUAACUUAUACCUUCACGCUGUUCAAGCAGCCGGCCCUGAGUUACUUCGACUAAGAGCUGCGGUAUUAGGUGCUCCUAGCCCUUUAACCAGACCAUUGCCUAUUGGAGAUGUCUACUCGUGUGUUAAAUGCGAAAAGAUGUUUAGCACCCCUCAUGGAUUAGAAGUACACGCUCGAAGGUCUCAUAAUGGGAAGAGACCAUUUGCCUGCGAAUUGUGCAGCAAGACUUUUGGACAUGAAAUCAGUCUCAGCCAGCACAGGGCUGUGCACAGCGUGGAGAAGGUGUUUGAGUGCAAGCAGUGCGGGAAAACAUUCAAACGGUCGAGCACGCUGUCCACACAUCUGCUGAUCCAUUCAGACACGCGUCCCUACCCCUGCCAGUACUGCGGGAAGCGCUUCCACCAGAAGUCAGACAUGAAGAAACAUACAUACAUCCAUACAGGUGAGAAGCCUCACAAAUGCCAAGUUUGCGGCAAAGCUUUCAGCCAGAGCUCCAAUCUGAUCACACACUCGCGCAAGCACACUGGAUUCAAGCCGUUCGCGUGUGAGCUAUGCGGUCGUGCCUUUCAGCGCAAGGUGGACCUACGAAGACACAGGGAGACCCAGCACGCAGACCUCAGGGCACCCCAGCAUCUGCCCCACACUGACGUGCAUGGUAUGCACGCUCAGGAUAUGCAUGCGGUCGAACACCGAAUAGACCUACGUCCCCCGCACCCCGAGCUGCGCCCCCCGCACCCCGACUUCCGCAGCCACCUGAGCAGCGCUGUACCGCCCCUGCAGGCAUUGCCCUCCUGAACCUCGGCAGCCUUCGCGCCGUCCGACUGGCGUUGAGGCAAUACCACAUUUAUCUCCUAAGUGUUAGAAUUCAAUUUUGAGUGGGCGCUUCGUGUACCUAGGCUUGCACCAAAGAUUCUUUCGACGUAUCAAUGUGAUUUUAUUGUAAAAGUUCAAUCUGUCAGGAAAAUUUACAAUUCGAUAAUACAGUUACCUACGUAUUAAGGUAGCUCAGUAGAUUUCUGAUGCCUGGGUUUUUAUUUUGCCAUAUUUUUGAAAAAACUCCUGAUCUUUAUUGUUGUGUAUCACUUUCUUUAAGUAAACAUUGAUGUCGCAUAUUAAAUCUAUUUAAUCUACAGACUAAUAUGGCAUAUGAGGUAAUUCGAGCCGUAGCGACGAAUGCAAUUAAGAAAUAAAUGUAUAUACCGAGUGAAUAGGCACUUACUAAGCUAGCGCGUACCAUCUUUCGACCAA